GCAGCUGCGGUUCCUCCCCUCAGGUCUGGAGCCCGGGCGGGCGCACUCUCCAGUCUGUCAGUGACACAGGGCAGUGCAGCAGCAGCGGCCUCCCCCAGGCAUGGCACAGGGCUCCAGCUCACUAUGGCAGCAGCGCGACAAAACACCCUCGACUUCCAGCUCGGUGGCACAGACGGAAGUGCCAUUAUCCAGGCGGUGCAACCCUUGUUUCAAGAGCAUGGAAUGACAGAGACUGUACAUAGCUGGGCAGACCAUGGGUACCUGGCCACAUACACUGCGAAUGACGGGAGUUUUGCUACUGUGAGAAUCUAUCCUCAUGGCUUAGUGCUGUUUGAUCUGCAAAGCCUUGAUGAGCCGGACAAGAAUGAUUCUGUUCGGCAUCUACUUGACGAGGUUGAGGAGAAAAUGAAAGAAAUUUUGCACAACAGUAUCUCACAAGUGAAAAGAUUGCCGGCCAUCGUUCGAGGAGCAAAGGUUGACAGAUACUGGCCCACGGCUGACGGGCGUUUAGUAGAGUACGACAUAGAUGAAAUAGUUUACAGUAAAGACUCAUCUUAUCAGAACAUCAAAAUUCUCCACUCUAAGCAGUUUGGAAAUAUUCUCAUCCUGAAUGGAGAUGUUAACUUAGCAGAAAGUGAUCUAGCGUACACCCAUGCCAUAAUGGGCAGUGGCAAGGAGGACUACUGUGGGAAAGAAGUAUUAAUUCUUGGAGGAGGUGAUGGCGGCAUACUGUAUGAACUCGUCAAACUGAAACCAAAGAUGGUUACUAUGGUGGAGAUAGACCAAAUGGUGAUCGAUGGAUGUAGACAACAUAUGCGAAAAACAUGUGGUGAUGUGCUAGACAAUCUGAAAGGCGACUGUUAUAAGGUUUUGGUUGAGGACUGUGUCCCAGUACUGAAGAUGUAUGCCAAAGAAGGGCGAACCUUUGAUUACGUGAUUAAUGACCUUACUGCUGUCCCCAUCUCCACUUCUCCAGAAGAAGAUUCUACUUGGGAAUUUUUGAGACUGAUCUUGGAUCUUUGUAUGAAAGUCUUGAAACACGAUGGGAAAUACUUCACUCAGGGAAACUGUGUAAACCUGACUGAGGCUCUGACGCUCUAUGAAGAGCAGCUGAACGUGCUUUAUUGCCCGGUGGAGUUCUCCAAGGAGAUCGUGUGCGUUCCCUCCUAUAUGGAGCUAUGGGUGUUUUACAGUGUAUGGAAGAAAAGCAGUUCCUAAGCAGUCUACAGAUCCGACUCUUCCACGCUGCAUAGAGCAUAUUAGGCUUAGCACCUGCUGCAUGUGGGCAUUGUGAAAACGUUAAGUUAUACUCUGUAGAUAAUCUUAAGAAAGAUUAGUUCAAGUGUAUGUGGUGACAAAAAAAA